AUGAUAAAGCUUGUUUCAAUUUUCUUGAUUUCUGUCUUGGCUUCUGCGGUUAAUGCUGGUCAUGAUGGUCCAAAACUGUUUAGUAGUUUUGAUAUAAGUAUGCAAGCGUGUACUAAAUAUAUUGCAAAAAAUAUGGAGGUUUGUCCAUCUGCUGGUAAACAUAGUUAUAGUUAUGAUUGUUACUGUCAUUUAGAUACUGGAUUUGGAACAAUUUCUGAUUGUUUUGUUACUGGAUACGAAAAUCAUACUGAUAUAAUUGAAGAAUUUACGAAACAAUGUAAUUUUACAUUAACUGAAUUUUAUAAUAAAUAUGAUAAGAUUCAACAAGAAUUUAAAAAGAAUCAUACUCAUUAUUACCAUCCAAAUAAAACAGCAGGUUCUGAAGGAAAAUCUGGAUCUGAUAAAUCUGGCCAUGGUGGAUCAAAAUCAAAAAGAGCAGAAGAAGGUCAUGGUGGUAAUGUUGCUGGUAAAGCCGCUGCUGGUGGUGGCCAUGGAGGUACGGGUGAAGAAGAGAUCAAAUUAUCUCCAGUUCCAUUAAGAUUAGAUUAUGGUGAUAAAUUCACACCAUAUAAAAAUGCUUAUAGAAUGUAUAAUAACAAUUUCAAUAUUUCAAUGGACUAUGGUGCUAUUUUAUUAGGUUAUUGGGGUUGUGUUUUAGUCAUUGCCAUGGUUUUCAAUUUCAAGAAUAAAAUGUUUCCUAAAUUACAAUUAUGUCCUAAAUUUAUUCAAAAACAUAUUACUAUCCCUGCUACUUUUAAAAAAUACAAGGCUUCACAAUUUUCAUUCGGUUUAGGAGGUUUUUUUGAUUGUUUAAUACCUACAAGAUUAGAAACUAUUAGUCUUGUUGUAUUUGUAUUAUUAACUGGAUUUUUAUCAGCUUUACAUAUUCAUCAUGUUGAUAAUAAUCCACAAUAUACUACUAGAAAUGCAGAAUUAGGUCAUAUAAUAGCUGAUAGAACUGGUAUUUUAUCAUGUUUUUUAAUUCCUUUGAUUAUUUUAUUUGGAGGUAGAAAUAAUGUUUUACAAUUUGUUACAAAUUGGGAUUAUGCAACUUUUAUAAUGUAUCAUAGAUGGAUUUCAAGAAUUACCAUAUUAUUAGUUAUAGUUCAUGCUAUUACAUUUUCUGUUUCUGAUAAAGCAACUGGUAAAUACAAGAAUAGAAUGCAAAAACCAUUUAUGAUAUGGGGUACAGUUGCAUGUAUUAGUGGUGGAUUUGUAUUAUUCCAAGCAAUGUUAUUCUUUAGAAGAAAAUGUUAUGAAGUAUUUUUGUUAAUUCAUAUUGUAUUGGUUGUUUUAUUUGUAGUUGGUGGUUGGUAUCAUUUAUACGAUAUGGGAUAUCAAAAUUUCAUGUGGGCUGCGAUUGCAAUUUGGGUAUUUGAUAGAGUAGUCAGAAUUUUAAGAAUUUGCUCAUUUGGUGUUAGAAAAGCUACAAUUUCAAUUGUUGGUGAUGAAACAUUAAAAGUUAUUGUAGAUAAACCAAAAUAUUGGAAAUCAAUACCUGGUGGUCAUGCAUUUGUACAUUUUAUAAAACCUACUAUAUUUUAUCAAUCUCAUCCAUUUACAUUUACUACACAUUAUGAAGAUACAGAUAAAAUUGUAUUUUAUGCAAAAGUUAAAAAUGGAGCAACGGCAAGAGUUCAUAAACAUUUGAUUAAUUGUCCUGGAAAUACAUCAACCAUAAGAGUUUUAAUUGAAGGUCCUUACGGUAAUCCAAGUGGUGCUGGUCGUCAAGUUAAAAAUAUUGUUUAUAUGGCUGGUGGUAAUGGUAUACCUGGUAUUUAUUCAGAAUUGGUAGACGUAGCAAGUAAGAAUGUUGAUAGAUCAAUUAAAUUAGUUUGGGUAAUUAGACAUUGGAAGUCUUUAUCUUGGUUUAUGGAAGAAUUAAAAGAAUUGAAUAAGUUUCAAAAUGUUGAAAGUUCAAUUUAUAUAACUAAACCAAAUGAUUAUUCAGGAAUAGAAUGUUUAAAUAACAAUAAUUCUGUUUCUUAUUCAGAUUCUGAAGAAAUGGAAGAAAAGAAAAUUGAUGAAAAAGAUUCUGCAUCUGUUCAUUCUACUCAAAUUUCAAUAAUUUCAAAUGUUAAAAAUGAAUUGAGUCAUAUGGAAUUUAUUGAAGGUAGACCAAAUAUAACAUCAAUCGUAAACGAUGAAAUUGUAAAUACUGAUGAUUCUUUGGCUUUUGUUACUUGCGGUGCACCAAUGAUGGUUGAUGAAUUAAGAUAUAAUGUUACUAAUUCAAUUGAUAAAUCAAAAUAUAAAAUUGAAUUUCAUGAACAAUUACAAACUUGGGCAUAA